CUAAGCUUUCCAAACUACAGCUGUGGUAAACAGACUAACUUACUGGCUGUUCUCGAAGGGUCCGACUCUCAAAACUCCAUCCAGAUUUCAAACGUGUUGGGCAUCUAUAAAAUCCCACAGGUAGGAAUGGAGAGAGGUAUAAUAGCAUUAUGAUAUCGGCUGUUUUAUUUUCAACUACCCUCCUGUUGAUCCCUAGCAUCAAAUUUGCCUUCUUUAUGGCUGCCACAACCUUCAAGGAAAUCACUGUUCCCACCAAAGGGUCCUUGCAAUAGACCUUCCUCCUUCCUAAGACCUUCCCAAUCUCAUGUUGGGCUUAGAAAUAUUUAGGCUUUGAUCUGAAAUCAAACAAGAUCCAAAUCUUCCUUCUCUUCCCAGGUCACUUAUGCUUUUGUCUCUCAUGUUCUGAAUGAUAAGAGGCAUUUCCCUUUUUUCUACCGGAUGGUCCCCAAAGAAGAAGCCCUGUACCCAGGGAUUGUCAAGCUGCUCCAGCACUUCCGAUGGACGUUGAUUGGCCUCCUUGCACCAGACACCAACAAUGGAGAGAGGUUCCUGAAGAGCUUGACACCCGUGCUCAUCAAGAGCGGUGUCUGUGUUGUCAUCUCACAAAGCAUCCCAGGACCGAAUACAAAUGGAGUAUACAUUCCUCGUCUUCCAUUCCUCAAGUGGAGGCAAGUGCAUGUAUUUGUUUACUAUGGGGAAAUGUCUUUUUUCUUAAAUGGACUACAAUUUAUACAACUGUUUUUUGACAUAUUGAUGAAAUCCAUUGCUGGGAAAAUCUUCAUCACAACAGUUUUGUGGGAUGUCGCCCUGGAGCUGAUGUAUAAUGACAUAUCUUUCCAAUACAUCCAUGGUAUAUUUUCCUUCUUCACUGAGAAAAGUAAAGGGGCAAAAUACGGUGAUUUUCUACCCUUUUUCUUUGGUAUUAAGAAGUUUUGGGAGGAUGCUUUUAAUUGUUUUUAUUUAAAGCAUGCAUUCUCAGUGAAAGGCCGGACAAGAUGCAGAGAGAGAGAGAAACUGGAGAGGCUUCCCCAAGAUGAUCUGGAAAGAAUCCUCUCUCUAGACAGCUACAGGAUCUACAACACUCUGCAAGCCGUGGCUCGUGCCUUAAAUGCUGCAUAUUCAUCUAGAUCUAAGCAGAGGGGAAGUGAGAGAAUGGGACUUCAAAGGCUACAGCCAUGGCAGCUCCACCCUUUCCUAGGAAACACCCAGUUCUACAAUUCUUCCAUGGACAGAGUGUAUUUGGAUGAGAACGGGGAGCUGGCAGCCGACUUGGACAUUGUGAACUGGGUGGUGUUCCCCAAUAAAUCCGUCCUCAGAGUGAAGUUUGGGAGUAUUGACAGACAGGGAUCCCCAGACCUGAAGUGCUCCAUCGACCAGGAGGCCAUUGUGUGGCCCAAGUGGCUCAAUCAGACCCUUCCUACUUCCAGGUGUGUGGAAAGCUGUCGCCCUGGAUCCGUCAAGGUGAUUCAGGAAGGGAAGCCUCUUUGCUGUUAUGAAUGUCUUCCCUGUGCAGAAGGGACCAUCUCCACUCAGGAAGAUGCAGACCAUUGCCAAAAAUGCCCAGAAAAUCAGCAUCCAAACAUGAACCGAGAUCAAUGUGUGUUCAAGCAUAUCACCUUCCUAGCCUAUGAAGAAUCUCUGGGGGUUGUCCUACUUUCCCUUGCCCUACUGGGGUCCUUAGCCACAAGCUUUAAUUUAGGAAUCUUUAUUAAAUACAACGAAACUCCCAUAGUCAAAGCCAACAACCGGGACCUCUCCUACAUCCUCCUGCUCUCCCUCCUGCUUUCCUUUUUGUCCUCCUUCCUGUUCAUUGGGAGGCCAAGGAAAGGGACCUGCCUUCUCCGACAAACAGCCUUCAGCAUCAUCUUCUCUGUUGCUGUUUCUUCUGUGUUGGCAAAAACCAUCACUGUGGUUCUGGCCUUCCUGGCCACCAAGCCAGGGAACUCAGUGAGGAGAUGGCUGGGGAAGAGUCUGGCCAACUCCAUUGUCAUUUCUUGUUCCUGUGUCCAAGUUGUCAUCUGCAUGAUCUGGCUGGGGAUCUCGCCACCAUUCCCAGACUCUGACAUGCACUCCCAGCCUGGAGAGAUCAUCCUGCAAUGCAACGAAGGGUCUGUGGCCAUGUUCUAUGGUUCCCUCAGCUACAUGGGCUUCCUGGCUGUCAUCUGCUUCACGGUGGCUUUCCUAGCCAGGAAGCUGCCUGGGGCCUUCAAUGAAGCCAAGCUGAUCACCUUCAGCAUGCUGGUCUUCUGCAGUGUUUGGGUGUCCUUUGUGCCCACCUACCUGAGCACCAAGGGGAGAUACAUGGUAGCCGUUCAGGUCUUCUCCAUCUUGGCCUCCAGUGCUGGGCUCCUGGGCUGCAUCUUCAUUCCCAAAUGCUACAUUGUUUUGUUGAGACCUGAUCUGAACACAAAGGAGCACCUGACAACAAAAACAAAAGAUAGCAUCUGAUUCUUAAAAUAUUAUUUUUCAGGAAGGUAGAGAAGUGAUGUUCUUGAAAAAUAAUGUUUCAAUUUAAAAAAUCAUUACCCUCAUUUGAUCAUGUAGAACAAACCAACUUAAUGGAAAUAGUUAUGAAAUUUGGCUGAAAAUUUGUUAAUACUUUGGAAGAUAUAGAUCACAUAGAUCACAGGGAAUUCACAUUACCAAAAUUUUGUAAUUAUUCUUGGAAUGGAACAAGGAUGUCCACUGUCACUCCUGUUAUUUCUCCAAGUGAAUCUCCAGCCCCCGGCUCUCUCACUUCCUCAUUCAUCGUCACCUUCUCUGCGGGUGCUGCUAAGUACCCUCUGUCUUUGAGCUCUUUGCUCUCCUACUUUCAAGGCUCGCUGGGUUCUGGAAGAUGGUGGGUCUAGAA